AUGGCACAAUUCACAGACCCGAGGACUUCACUUGUCACACCGCAUGAACCUCUAGGGAACCUUACGGCUCCUCAAACCUCAACUGAUCAGCAAGUCAUCGAGAACGGUCAUGCUGACCCAGCAACACCUUGGAAGACUCAAGGCUGGCGCUUUUGGGCCGUCUUUCCGGGACUCUGUCUGGCUAUGCUGCUGACAGGCUUGGAUGCAUCCAUCCUCGCCACGUCGUUACCAACCAUUGUCUCUGACCUCCACGGCGGCGCACUCUAUAUCUGGACCAUGAACGGAUACUUCCUCACUACUGCCGUUGUCCAACCAUUGAUGGGGCAAGCUGCCGAAAUCUUUGACAGGAGAAUUCCCAUGCUCGUGGCUUUAUCAUUGUUCACUCUCGGGAGUGGACUUUGCGGCGGAUCGACUUCUUUACCUAUGCUUAUUGCCGCGCGCCCCAUUCAGGGCUUAGGGGGAGGAGGCCUGUUUGUCAUGACGGACACCAUCAUCGCCGACCUUACCCCUUUGCGCGAUCGCAUGAAAUAUGUGUCCAUGGUCAUGAUAUUCUUCACCCUAGGCUCCUUUCUGGGUCCCAUCAUCGUCGGUGCUACGAAAUAUUGA